AUGAAGAUGUUCGUCUUUAGGUAUGUUAACAACAGUGAAAUUGCUACUUCGGCGGACAGGAUUGAGCUAGGAUUCAAAAAUAAGUUCAUCAAGAUUUCCAAUAUCAACCAACAAAAUGAAGGGACGUAUGCAUGUGUGGCGCUGAACAUAGCCGGCAGUGACACUAUCCUCUACACAGUCAGCGUUGUGCAAGCUCCCAUGAUUCCCGGUGGUGGAACACAGUCAGUAGCCGAGGGUAAACUGGCGAGUAUUGAAUGCGCGGCUGAGGGCUAUCCGACUCCUGUCAUCAGUUGGUUAAGAAAUGGCUUACGAGUAGAAAGCGGAGUACAAGGACUCCGCUAUGUUUCAGAAGGGAAAAAGCUCAGUAUUAUCGAAGCGCGAAGUUCCGAUUCUGGCAUAUAUGUUUGUGAAGCGACGAACGAGGCAGGAACAGCGCGCCAAGCGUAUACUCUCGAAGUGUUGGGUAAGUGA